UAAACAUGGAAUUUUUAGAAGAAACAAGAGAACCGAAUACUAUUGAAACAGAAGAUUAUUUCGAUGAUGAAGAAGAACCCAUUGAAAGUGUUGUUAUCGCUCCUCCAAAGAAAAUAAAAACUGUAGUUUUAGCGUCAGAAGCAAGGUCUAAUUCAGGAAAACAGAAAAUCAUUCAGAGUAAUGAAAAUGAAAAAUUUACAGAGCAUUUGCAAAAAUACAAGUCUAAAGGAGCAACCGAAUGUACCAAGAAUAGAAUAAUAGAAGGUUUGAAUUGUGAUUGUGAUGAUAGUAAUUCAAAUGUUAUUCCGACAACUUCAAUACAAGAACGUUUUGAGCAUCGUAAACGAGUUAUUUCUGCAACAAGAAAAGAAGUCCCAAUACCAAAUACGAAAAAGAUAAAAUUUUCUAAUAUUUCUAACACUUUUGAAAUUGUAGAAGGACGAAAAAUUUAUUGGAAUACUGAAAAAGAUCUAAAAAAGGCUAAACCACACAUGUUAGAUACGGAAUUGUUGGAUAUAAUUUUGGGAAAUCAAAUUGUUGCCGAUAUGAAACUAAACACUAUGUACAAAAGAUUAAAUGAUAUUGCGAAAACUAGACACAUUGACAAUUUAAAAAAUGAUAAUAACGCAUCAGUAUUAGAAAGUCACAAACUUUCAGCGGAUAAUAAUCAUUCUACAAAAUCUACAGAAAAUCUCACAGAUUUUUCACAAAUCCCAAUUCGGAACAAUGAUGAGUUUGAAAGUUUUGAGUCGGAAUUGAAAAUGAAUUCUGAUACAGUUGCUCGAUUUGAGUUAAUGUUGGAAAAUCUCGGAUCUCCAGAGAAUUACAGUGACUUGAUAAAACGCAUAACAAGCAAAUUGUUCACUCCUAACUUCAUGGAAUCUCUUGGUUGGUCACAAACUGGUUUAGGAGGAUUACAGCUGAAAGAAACAACAAUAAAGGAAUGUAUUUAUAAUGUUUUUGCGAGAAAAUACAUUGGAAUUCAAGAAGAAGUUUUAAAUGAAAAAUUUUCGCAACAUUUUCGAUCAUUUCGACUUCAUCGCAAUAAAGUUCGAUCAAAACAGAAGCGAAAAACUACGUUAGAUGAAUCCUCGAGUUGAAAUAAAAGAAAUACAUAUAAAUAAUAAUAA